AUGGAUGUGAAAUGCACUUUAAAUAGAACUUGACUUGACUUAACACUCCCUUUUCGUUCCAGGCUGACACUCCCAAAGAGAGCGUGCUGGGUGACGUGAGCGUUGUUGAGGUGGACGUGUUCGACAGGAAGUCGCUGUGUGAGGAGGACAAGGCAGGCCUGCCGCUCAAGAAGGACAAGUACCUGUCGGAGGAGCAUAGCAGCGGCAUUGGCGGCUCCUCCUGCCUGUCGUCGCCUCACCAGAGUGUCUCAGACAGCGACGAGGGCGGUGACUCGGGCCAGACCACGGCCAGCACCGUCCAGUACUCGUCGGUGGUGGCAUCCUGCGGCUACAAGGGCCAGACCCCCUGCCCUCUCCCCCAGACCCCCCAGUCCAGCUCCUCCCAGUCCCAGACGCCCAGCUUUGCCCGCUCCGAGUCCACCCAACCCCUGCUGGACAGCGAGGAGCACCCGGAGGGCACCGAGUCGCACCAGCGCUACCCGCGGAACCCUUACUUCAGGCGCUUGCCUGGGGGGAACGACGGCGACAGCGCAGACCUGGGGGAAUUGAACCAGCUGGAGAUGGAGGCUUCGUGCCGGUUCUGCCCCCUGGAGCAGAACUCUCAGCAGACCACACCCACAGAGGAGGGUCAGUCCCCUGACGGACAGCCAGGCCCUGACCCUAGCUACAUGCCUCAGCUCAGCGGCUACAGGCCUCAGUGUUAG